AUGUCCGACUUCACCACGUUAUUGAGCGGGCUCUGGUUUCAUGGAGUGACGCCGCACAAAUACCGGCGGGAGAUGCGGCGCGACUUGUGCGCACACGCGACCGGAGAUCUCAUUCAGCAAUUGGAAGCGCUGGGGAUCGAAAUUCCCCCGCAGGACGCAGGCCGGGUAACAGGGGGGGGGGGCAGUAGUGCGGGAGAGGAACGGUGGCGCAAGGAGGUGGUGUCCGCUGCAACCCAACUACUGAUGCAAGGCAACCCCGUGAGAUCCGGCGCGAAAGCAGAGGCAGGUGGCACCAAGAAUGCCCCACACACUCCACAGCGUCCAUCCGGGCGCAAAAGGCUUGUUGACAGCAGUCCAGAGGAGGAUGUCGUACGCAAUGCCACCCGUGUUGCGCUGGCCUCCUCGUUCGCUGCAUGUGAUCCGACAGCGGGCUUGCUGCAAAACCCGCUGCUGACGGGAGGGACCAUACCUCACUGGAUGUUCACCCGCGGGAGACCGCUGCUCGGGGUGACGGUGCCGGCUGGAGCUGAUGCGUGGGGAGAUACGAGCGGCCACGAGACGGUGAAGGCAGAAGAAGAGGAGGAUCUCGUGUCAGACACGGAGGACGAAGAGGAUGGUGACGACACGUGUGCAACGAAGUACACAGGAGUGAAGUUGGAGAAAGCAUCAGGCAAGUUCGGCGUGAAGAUCCUGAUCAAAGAAGGAGGAAAGCGUAGGCAACAGCGGCUGGGUGCAUACACAUCGGAGGAGGAGGCGGCGUAUGCGUACGCCGCAGGUGCGUUCUUCCUGAGGCCACGAGACAAGAUACCCAACACGGUCAGUCUGUCAGCCGCAGAGAAGGCGAUGCUGCGUGGAUGCACCAAGGAAGAUCUGCAGCUCCUCGUGGAAGGGCGGAAGUGGUGGAGGUGGCGGAGCUGGCGGGAGGCGAGGGAGGGCGUGAACUGGAAGAUGAAACGAGGGAGGAAGCGAGUGGUUGCCACGCGCACGUCAAAGAGGCAGAGGGUGGUGGAUAGAAACAAGGCGGCCAACGAACCAGACGACCCUGACAAUGUUGAGAGUGGGGGAACGGCCCUCGUGCACAACGGUAGCAGCGGGUGUGCUCGGCACAAGGAAGCGGAGGAGGGUGUCGAAGAGUCUGCUGCACAUGAGAUGUUGGCAGAACAUCCUGCGUAG